CAAAACCCUUUGCAACAGCUACUCAGUUAUUCACCUUGCCGAUGUCUUUCCUUUAUUUUGUCAUUUCAGUUACUGAGUCUUAAUCGAGCAGCAAGAGAGCAAAGCCAGUCGGGUAACACAGCUGAGCACAAUCCCCCUGCUCCUCUGGAAAGGCAACAAAGAGAGGGGCAGCCAAGUAUGAAUCCAGUAAGAGAAAGAUUCCCAUCUCGGAGGCAGCAGGAAAAUUCCCAACAUGGGAGACCACCAAAUACAAGCAUGUCUCAACAUGGGCAGCAGAUGAGCGGAUCCUACAGGCACGAGGAUUCCACCCCAGUUCCUUGUGAUUGGAAGAAAUCGCAUGAAGAACAUCUUCUACGGUGCACUGUGUGCUUGAAGGAGGCAGUUACUCCAACAACUAUUGCCUGUGGCCAUACCUUCUGCUAUACCUGCCUCUCACAACACUGCAUUGAUCGCCAGAUGUCUACACUCAUCUGUCCAAUCUGUCUGAUGCCAGAGUUAAAUAAAGGGUUAUAUCCAGAUAUUGAGAGUCCAUUUCCCCUGGAACAUGGAUGGGCCUCACCACUGAUCUUUGCAGGUCCUACUGGUAAUAUCACGUUAAACAUGGAUGCGGUGGGGAAGUGUUUCAUGAGCGACACCAUCAGAGAUGUUCCAGUCUAUCUGCUGAGCGUGGUUGGGGAAAAGCGCACAGGCAAAUCGUUCCUGAUGAACUACAUUAUACGCGCCCUACGAAACCAGGGGAAAGAAUUCAGUCUCGGGGGGAAAAAUGACACACUAAAGGGCUUUGAAUGGAAACCUGGAGAUUCGGGUACCACAAAGGGCGUAUGGAUUUGGAGUGAGCCUUUCAUUGUGGAAAGUAAUGAAAAAAAGAUGGCAUUGUUUCUUCUGGACACUGAGGGGUUAAUGGACAUUGAGAAUGACCGAAAUACCAGUAUUUAGUUGUUCUCAUCCGCUAUGCUACUCAGUACUCAUCUGAUCUAUAAUGCAAGAAGUGGUAUAAAUGAGAAAGAGGUGGACUCCCUGGAGAUAUAUUUGCAACAAGCUGCACAACGAGCAAAAGAAAGUAAACAGUAUCUGGAUAUUGUGGUCCGGGACUGGAGUGAUUAUAGAAACUGUGGAAGUGAAGCUGCUGAAAGGUACUUGGAAAAACAAGCAAAGAUCCUAAGGAGGCAGAACAUCAGCUCUGCAGUUAUAGAGGCCCUGGAAAGUCCCAACACCAAAUGUUUCCUGAUGCCCCAUCCUGGGAAAGAGAUUGCUUGCAGUGACACAGGAAUGGUUAAAGAUAUGGAUACAGACUUUCAGGAGAGUCUGAGAAGUUAUAUAAAUGAUUUGUUGGAAAGACCCAAAUACCCAGCAAUGACUGGUGCUCAAAUGGCAAAGAUGAUGGAGGUGACAGUCAAUCAUAUUCAGAGUCUCAAAUAUAACAUCUCUAGCCCACAAGAGAUGUCUAAUUAUAUGAAGAAUUGCGAAGAAAAGCAAAAAACAUAUAAGGAGUUUCAGCAGUUUUGCAGCAGUUUGUCCUUCUUACAGCUGCCAGGAACAAUGUGGAAAUGUAUUUCUGAAAAGUCCUCAGAACUUGUGGAGAAAUUUGAGGGGUCGUUCAAAGGCAACAAUGCCGAUAUGCGCACAGACCUAGUGGGGCAACUGAGGGAAGAAUUGAAGAAGGAAGGGGAGAAGUUCUACUCAGACUACAAAUCAAAGGGGCUAAAUUAUGCCCAAAAUGCUUUAGCUUUGUGGGUGGUUUAUGGGUGGUUUAGGUGACAUCGCAUUUAAAAAAUUUGUGUUUGGUUGAGAGGCAGCAGCAGCAACUACAGGCUUCCUACCCAUGGCCAUCUUGUUGGUCAGUAUUUUGCUGCUGCAAUUACAGGAAGAUUUCUCGAGCAGAGACUGUUAAUAUGAAUUGUUACGUUGUAUUAAACCCAAUCAAUAUAUCAGUGGGAAUUACAAUUGUGUCUUCUAAAAUGUAAUGUCAUUGAAAGGCAAAAUGAAAUGAGAAGAAAAAUUAAAAAUGACCAUUCCACCUA